CACCUCUUCAUCGCUCCAUUUCAUGGCCAAUAAGCUCAUGACCCGUACUGCAUUGCCCCUUUCAGAGUUGCCGCUUCGGGUCGCCGAUGAAGUCUUUUACUAGCGAAGACAUCCGCAGAUUACAUCGUCUAACCAUAUACGACUCGCCGGAAUGGCAGAUUUCCUGCAGUCCAAAUAUACACAAGCCUUGAGGACGCAGGCGAAGACGGCCGUUGCUCAGGAGCUGUCGUGUCCCUAUUGCAGCGGCCGUAUCUUCCAGAAUGACGACCAAUUGUGGGAUCAUGCCGUCUCAGACCACUCCCCGAUCUUGCUGGGCAUGGGAAUUGACCCUCAGAACCCCGGCCGAUUUCGAAAAGUGUUGCGAGACGAAGCUGCGCGGUCAUUGGCUGACCAGACUGCACGAGAGUCGCACAUCUCAUCCGAGGCGACUGCAGGUGCUGGUUCCACCCCUGAUCUAACGCAGCUGUCAUUGUUGGAGACGAAGGGCAAAUCCCAAUCACCUCCGCGGCCAAAGAAGCGGCCCGCUGGCUCCGAUAUUCAACCAUCUGAGUUACAGUCACGUGUGCCGAUCCGGGACACCAGGCGGACCAAGAAGGCGACUGGCUACGAGGACCCCUCCGGGCCUUAUGUAGAGGACUUAGACUACUCAAGAAACAUUCCCUUCUCUGUGGGCGCUGAUUCAUCCCCUCAGCCUAAGUCCAGUCAGCGUCAACUCUUCAAUCCCCAUGAUGCCGCUAAGGGUGCUCCCACGCUGUACUCCCAAGGCACACAAGGCACACCUAAUGCAUCAAGUGAGGAUUGGUCCGUCGUUGCAAACCCCCACGGCCAGCAUCACCCAACGCCGCGACCUCAACCCAAGGCCCAGAGACAAUCGCCCUAUGGCAGCCCAAGACACAGCAUCGGUUCCGCCCCCCCGCAAUACAACGUUGCCCCCCAAGCAAGCUCUCUCCGACAACGUGGCAUCCUUGAAGUCCAGCGUACCAAUCCUCGCUAUCCAGAUCUCAUCUCACAGCCCGAUGCACGCCCGAUCUCCCAGGAACAGUUAGCUUCCGAAGUCAAGUCCAUCUACGCGGGUCUGACCAUGGUCGAAACCAAAUGCAUUCACGUGGACCGAGUGCAGGCGUCUGUUCUACCUGAUCCCGACGGAGACACGAAGCUCGCCAACGACCACUGGCAGGCCCUCAUUGCUCUGCAUCGGACCUUGCUGCACGAGCAUCAUGACUUCUUCCUUGCCUCUCAGCACCCGUCUGCUUCUCCCGCACUGCGUCGUCUCGCGUCCAAAUACUCAAUGCCGGCACGGAUGUGGAAGCACGGUAUCCACUCCUUCCUUGAGUUGUUACGCCGACGGCUGCCAGAGUCGCUAGACUACAUGCUGGCGUUCAUCUAUCUAGCUUACCAGAUGAUGUCUCUGCUCUACGAAACCGUACCCACAUUUGAAGACACCUGGAUCGAGUGUCUAGGAGAUCUUGGUCGGUAUCGUAUGGCCAUUGAAGACGAGGAUUUGCGUGAUCGUGAGACGUGGGCUGGAGUUGCACGCUUCUGGUAUAGCAAAGCCGCUGAUAAGAGUCCAUACGUUGGUCGUCUAUAUCACCACCUUGCCAUCCUCGCCCGCCCGAAUGCGCUGCAGCAGCUCUACUACUAUUCCCGUUCUCUCACGUGUGUCGUUCCUUUUAUGAGCGCUCGGGAGUCAAUUCUCACGUUGCUUGACCCUAUUCUAGGACGGUCCAGUGCUUCAUACACGCAUUCGCUGCCCAUUGAUACCAGCUUUAUCAGAGCUCACGGUAUUCUCUUUGGGAGGUUGUCGACUGACGCCUUUGAAGAGUCCAAGGAUGCUUUCCUAGGCCAGCUAGACAACCACAUUGGGCGAGUAACAGCAAAGUGGAACGAGCAAGGUGUUUUCAUUGCUGUUACCAAUAUCGCUGGUUUCUUUGACUACGGCUUUCAAGACUCGCCUUUGAGACUGAUCUAUCAGUCAUACGCUGAGAAGAUUUCCCACAAAUCUCAGAGAUCGUCCAGUCCUUCGGAACAAGACUCUUCAAGUCGCUCGCCAUCUCCUUCUGUAGGAUCGAAACAACUCAGCUCGGACGAAACCUCGUCGCAACUGUCCAAAUUGUCUCACGAUGUCGCCUUUUUGUCCGCCUGUCGUCUUACCUUUUCCACUUUUGCUCUUGUUCUUCGGCGUAUCGGGGAUAAGAAUGUUCUUCCACAUGUUCACGUCCUUCUUGCUUUCCUUUCCAGUCUCUCUACCAUACCAUACGUCUCGGCCUUAGCCGACAACGCUCCUUGGAACGAACUCGUCACCUUCCUCAAUACGUUAUCGAAGUCUGAAAGGCUCGAACCACUCGUUAAUAACGAUAUUUUCCCUUCAAAGGAUAUGAGCGACAACGUUCCUUUGCCCGAGGACUACCUUAUACGUGGGCAGGUGUGGAGCCAAUGGUAUUUCCCAGAGAGCUGGUUUGGUGGUGAACAUGAUGAGGAAGAACGUUCCCUUGAGCUCGCUUCAACAACAAAGGACAGGACUGAGCGGAUCCUACGCCUGGGUCAUCAAAUCGCAACUCUUGAGCGCUGGAUACAUUACGACCGAUCUUCUAAUACGUGGUCUAUGUCUUCUGCCUUCUCACAAGUCGUGCCAGGACACAAAUCUGGUGAAUACGUCCCUCAACUCACACAUACGUUACUGGCCGACGACAUGGACAUAGACCAGCCGGCGCAGGCCCAAGAGAAGAUUUCUUUGAAUAUAUCAUACGACCUUAGCGAGGAUUCGCCGGAGAUGAGGGAGAUUCAAGCCGAGGAGGAAAACGAUUCAAUACAACCUCAGCAUACCAAAAGCUUGCAGCCUUCUACAGCCCUUGUGAGCUCCGAUAAGCAGGCACGGUCAUCAACGAUGACCGCUAGUAAGAUGUUUGUUCAGAGUUACACAAUAAUCGUCUGUGAUACGAAUCUAUUGUUAAAGCAAAGAGACGUGUUUGAAUCUUUAAUUCAGAAUGGAGACUGGAGGGUCGUGGUACCCGAUGGAGGUGAGAGUAGUCCGGUGUUUCGAAGAUCUAUCUGACCCAAACUAGCGAUUACAUAUUUACUCUUGCUGUCAAGACGAGUCGGACCAGAGGGUACUCUUGCCCACGAAGCUUUACAACGUGUUCGAUCAGCCAUCGAAGAGAAUAAAAACGUGCG